AUGGAGAUGAGUACGGUUAGUCGUGUGGUAAAGAUCGGUCUUUGCGUGUGCGGUAUCUGGCCCUAUCUACCAUCGACCAUUUUGUACAGAUUCUUUUGGAUCGUCAUGCUCAGCACAGUGCAAUUUUUUCAGUAUCAUUACGUAGCGGUGCAUUAUUACACAGAUAGUUUUUCCAAUUUUAUGGAUGGUGUGAGUAGUGCCAUGACAUACAGUCUGCUGUUCAUCAAACUCGGGAUUUUAUGGGUGAAUCAGCGAACGUUCUCCGACAUAUUGCAAAUGAUGGUCGCGGACUGGAAGAACUGCAUUUUGACUGACUGCAGUUUGCAUAUCACGACCAACAAGGCCAGGCUCUCGCAUCGCUUCACAAACUGGAUCAUUGGCUUUCAACUAACUGCCAUAGUUCUGUACAGCUGCGGCGUGCUUGCUGUUAACGUUGGUGAUAUUCAAAGGAUGAACGUGUCCGCGCGGGAACAUAUCUUGAAGUUGAAGCUGCCUUUCCAAAUUGACACGUCUCGCACUUAUGUGCUCGUUACAAUCUUCGAGUUUCUUCAUCUGGUAAUGUGCGGCUGUGGAAUUUCCAUGAUAAAUUCGCUCAUCGUCACUCUGAUACUACAUAUCGGUGGUCAAAUUGACAUCCUUCGCGACUGGCUACUGAACAUUUUUUCCAAAAAUAUGAUCAAAAAUGAUAUGGAUGGGAUAACGAUGAAGACAUUGAUAACGAAGCAUCAACGGAUUAUCACGUUUUCGGAGAACAUCGAAAGCCUUUAUACGUACAUCGCGUUGAUCUUAUUCGUGUCGGAUACUCUCAUUAUAUGCUGUUUAGGAUUUAUUAUCGUCACCUCAAUCGGUACACCCGAGGGACCAGCGAUCUUAACAAGAUCCGUAUUAUUUUAUCUUGUAAUGAAUCUUGAAGCAUUUAUAUAUUGUUUUGCCGGUGAAUACUUGACUGCUAAGAGUAAAAUGAUCGGAGAUGCGGCUUAUGAUUCUCUUUGGUAUGACGUUACGAGCGAAAAGAGCAGACUUAUGCUGCUCGUAAUCCUAAGAUCGCAAAAACGAUUGACUAUUACGGUUGGGAAGAUCAUGGAUCUCUCUUUGGAACGUUUUACUAGCGUUGUAAAAGCGUCGGCGUCAUAUAUUUCCGUUCUAUUGGCAUCGACUGAAUAUUAAGCUCAAUCUCGAUAGUAGAUGUCACAGCAUCAAAAUAGCAUGAAAUAAUAGCAUAAAAUUAUAAAAUGAGAAAAGUCCUUAUAGUA